AAUCCCCAAAUUCUUUUCUGCUUCUUGUUCCAAGUUGAGCUUUGCAUACCUCCAAUAGGCGAAAAGUGCAAACCCUACUCUAUACUGGAAUUCGUAAAUCUCCUUUUCUGCUUGAAUUUCCAUCGAUGACUUCGGCAAAGAAACAUCACAAGGAGAAAUUUGUUCGACGGAAAGAGGAGAAACCAGAACCACCUGAAACACCAAAAUACAGAGACAGAGCUAAGGAGCGUAGAGAAGAUCAAAACCCUGAUUAUGAACCAACUGAAUUGGGUUCUUUUCACGCCGUUGCUCCACCUGGAACUGUUGACCUUCGGUCUGCCGAUGCAAACAAGCUAUCUAUCGAGAAAAGCAAAUACCUUGGAGGUGAUGUGGAACACACCCAUUUGGUCAAAGGUUUGGAUUAUGCUUUGCUGAACAAAAUAAGAAGUGAGAUUGACAGGAAACCAGAGGCUGGAGAUGAAGCUGAGGGAAAGCCUAGAGUAUCUAAGGAAGACCAGAAUGUGUCAUUUCGCACUGCCACUGCAAAGUCUGUUUAUCAGUGGAUAGUGAAGCCCCAAACUGUUAUCAAGUCAAAUGAGCUGUUUCUUCCUGGUCGAAUGACAUUUAUCUAUAACAUGGAGGGUGGAUAUUCUCACGACAUUCCAACCACCUUACACAGAAGUAAAGCUGAUUGUCCACAGCCUGAGGAAAUGGUUACUGUUAAUGUUGAUGGUUCAGUGCUUGACCGAAUUGCCAAAAUUAUGUCAUAUCUACGACUUGGAUCUUCUGGGAAGGUUCUCAAGAAGAAAAAGAAAGAGAGAGAUGCAAAAGUUAAGAUUUCAGUUCCUGGCAAUGAUUAUGAUGAGGAAGAUAAGCCCUCAAAGCCCGAGGGUGGGAUGUCAAAAAAUCAAAUUGAACGAAAUAUGGUGCCACCACCUCCACCUCCUCUUAGGAAAAAUCAUAUUGAUUCAAAACAAGGCCAAGGCCCAGCUGUUGCCAGAGCAGAAGAGGAUGAUAUUUUUGCUGGGGAUGGUGUAGACUAUGCUGUUCCUGGUAAAGACUUGAACCAAAGCCCUCUCUCAGAGGAUAUGGAAGAGUCUCCUCGAAAUAAAGAAAGAGGUUCUUAUUUUGCUGAACCUGUUUAUGGUCCGGUGCAACCAUCUGCUUUACCACAUGAAUGGCAAGAAGUGAAUGGAUAUGAUGUGAUGCAAACACAAGCAUUGGCUGGGGGCUACCAGGGAGAGUGGUCUGAAUACCAAUAUGCUGAGCAACUGGCUUAUUCUGAACAAUACCUUCAACCAAACAUGCAAGCUUAUGAUGUGCAAGGCGGAGUAAACAUCCCUCAGGAUCCACGCUUUAUGACUCAGGAAGAGAAGGACCGAGGUUUAGGUUCUGUGUUUAAGCGGGAUGAUGAGAGACUUCAACAGUUAAGGGAGAAAGAUGCUCGAGAAAAGGAUCCCAAUUUUAUCUCCGAGAGUUAUUCUGAAUGUUACCCUGGGUAUCAAGAGUAUAAUCGUGAGAUUGUGGAUAGUGAUGAUGAGGAUGAUUUGUCGAAAAUGGACAUGGGUGGACGGGCAAAAGGUCGCCUUCAUCGGUGGGACUUUGAGACAGAAGAGGAAUGGGCGACAUACAAUGAGCAGAAGGAAGCAAUGCCAAAGGCUGCAUUCCAGUUUGGUGUGAAAAUGCAAGACGGUCGGAAGACACGAAAGCAGAACAAGGACCAGAAACUCACUAAUGAGCUGCAUAAGAUCAACAAGAUACUUGCUAGAAAGAAAAUGGACAAGGACAGUGCAGAGGGUGGGCAUUACGAUGAUGAUGUACAACCUGGAAAGAAGCUUCGAGUGUGAUCUUUGAAGAUUCAUUUAAUAUAUAUAUAUAUAUAUUUUUUUUUUAAAUUGUAACAUUCAUGGAGAAAAAUUUUCACUUUGUACCUUUGUCGUUGAAAACAACUAUAUUUUGAUGUACGAACAAAAUUAAAAUAAAUACAGUUUCUUCUUUUACAA